UUUGCAGCUCAACUCCAAGGUGCAGCGACCCGUCCAUGGCGAACAGCGUGCCAAAAUGAGCGUGCAAACAAGCCAAGACGUAAGUACAUGGAGCGGUGACACUGCAAGCUGCAUGGCCUGAGCUAAUAGCGUCAGACUCGUACGCUGUUCUUGGCUGGCGCUCGGAGCUGUUGACGCUGGGUGGCCGAUGGAUCGGAGCGCCUGCGCUCUGAUUGGCCGAGAGGUGGCUGGCAUUUUUCCAUGCGCGUGCGGGUGGCGUUCGCGGACGAGGCUGGCGCGAUGAUGGCCGAGGCCUGGGGCUUCUCGCGCUGCGUCGUGCCUAUCGACGACUCGUUGAAGCUCGUGGGCGACCUUUUGCACCACGUCUCGACGCGCUUCGGCCUCCAAUCGACCACCGGCGGCCUCGAAGUGCUGCUCGACGGCUUCGUGCUCCUGCCGAGCGACAAGAUUGCGCUUGUCUUGCGCGCGGAUGACGUGCUCACGGUGCAAUGGUCCACGCGUGCUGCCGCUGCCGCUGCUUCAAUCACGCUCCAGACCAUGCCGCGCUUGGUGGCGGCUGCACCAACAGAGCGCAAGAAGCAUCCCAGCCGCGCGACGACCACAAAACCCGUGGCACUCCAGCGAGCAAAUGCCAGCUCCAGCUCCAGUGACAACGAGAGUAGCAGCGGCGAAGAGACAAGCGUAGUGGCCAACAAGUCACCGCCGAAGAAGCCAGCGCCCAAAGGAGCAGCGGGCCCGCCACCACCCACUCCAGCCAAGCGCGUUGUGCCACCCAAAACUACCCCAACAACUGCAACCAGCAAACGUAGCAGCGACAGCAGCAGCAGUAGUAGUAGCAGUGACAGUAGCAGCAGCAGUAGCAGCGAGUCCGAGCAGGAAGUCAAGACGAAGCCUCGACCGCUCGUGACGUUGAAGGAGAAGAAGCGACUCGCGAAGGCUGGGACGCCGUACCAACGCUCUGCUACGGCUACUACCCCCGUCGUCAGUGCUGCUUCGUCGCCAAAGAAGCGGCCGGCGGCCGUUGCGUUUCCCGAGGCACAGGAUGCGACGUCUGCUGCCAAGGCGCGAUGGGGUUCAACAAGCGCACCAGGUCAUAACCACGUCCGCUUCGAUGCGAAAGCGAACGCGUCUUUCGACAAACCAGUGCCAGAUGCAAAACUUUCGCGCGCUUUGGACCACCGCCCGCGGGGCGGGGACUUGGCCAAGUACGGCCCGUCAGCCGCUCCCCUGCCCAGCGCAAUGCCGGCGCCACGGCUGCAGCAGCGCCAAGCACCCGUGCAUCGGACUCCGCAGCCCGCCACUGCGACAUCAAAGAAAGAGCUGUGGAAGCGUCCGUACCAGGUCAUCGCCUCGCUUGAAACAGCGUCGAUGCGUGCAACGGCAACUCCCGAGGACGCAUUCACGACGUACCCCGAAGCUCAGAUCAAAUGGGUUCAAGCGGGCGAUGUUGUUGCCUUCAAGACGCUGCGUCUCUGCGAGACGACCAUGACGCCAGUCCUGAGCGCCUAUCAAGUGGGCCGCUGCGUCGCCGCAGAGACCGAUGCGCUCGUCUUGCAGCCGUGCGUCAAGACAGCUCAAGGCACCUACGAAGACGACGAGGCGAAGGAGCCAUGCACGUUCGAGACGAUGGAGGUCCAGGAUCUGCGGGCGCUUGCGGGUGCAGCGCACGUACUCGGUCAGCUCCAAUGCCGCGUAGUUGAUCCCAGCACGUCGGCUGCAGCAGAGGAACACGGCAGCAAUGAUGAAGACCAGCAGCAGGUCGACGACGUGGGGGCGACGAGGAAUGAAAGCGAUGAGAACGACGAGAUGGCGACCGCCAAGGAGAACCUCUUGGAGAUGCUUCGCGCCCGGAAGGAGCAGCUUCUUCGCGAGCAGCUCGAAGGCAACACGGGUGCGGCACCGUAAUACGCAGCACAAUAAUAUCGUCCUUUGGAUACCGUAUAUAUGAA